UUUUGGUUCAAUGCGCGCGCACGGCGGUCCGCGAGUUUCACAAAUAUCAUUCCGUUCGGAGUGGUCGAGCGGGCCGGUCGUCCGCUUGGCCAACAUGGAGAUCGACGAGGAGCGCUCCUUGUCGCUGGGCACCGAGGUGUCGGCCUCGGUCCCGCCCCCGAGCCCCCUGACCGGGUGCUACCUGCUCGCGGUCAUCGGGGAGCCUCACACGCACGAGCAUAAGGAGAUUAUACUGCAGCGGCUUGUUAAAGGGCUUCUAUCAUGGGAUUCAAACGAGCACCAGGUGGACCUGGAGGCCGAGCUGGCCACCCUCACGGCGCAGGCACCCGAGGGGGAGGAGGCCAGAUACGGCGAGCGACUAAUCCAAUUCGCAUCCGAGAACCUCGUGACAGAGAUCCUCAUCCACCCGCAGAUGAACACGCUGAUGCAGUGCAUGAGGAACCUGCUCAGCAGCUUCACCAGACACCGGCAUUUAGUCCACGCCGGAUACACCGCCGCGGGGAACGGCUCCUGGAUCAUGCAGGACGGCACAUUCUCCCUCGCAGACUUCACAGACGCCUACCAAGAGAACGAGGUCCAACGCGUCAUCAGGGCCUACGAGAACUCGAUAUCCAUUGACAUACACUGCUCUACCAGCGGUGGCGGGGAGUGGAGCAAACUCCCAGACAUGCCAUUUGUGAAACAUUGCAAGAUUAGGGUCAACCCUACGGAUAUACUGGACUCUGGCUCGCAAGCCAUUAAGGACUUUGUCGCAUACCUGGAGCCCUAUGUCACCCCAGCGAGCCUGGAGCGCCUGCUGGAGGCUUCCGACGUGGUGGGCAACAUCCGGUUCAGCCACCCCACCCUGUACGUGUUCCCCGGCGGGCAGGGGGACGCCGCACUCUUCGGGAUCAACGGGUUUAACAUGCUCGUUGAUGGUGGCUUCUCCCGCAAAGCGUGCUGGUGGGACUUCGCUCGCCACCUGGACCGCCUGGACGCGGUGCUGCUGACCAGACUAAACAACUGUUCCGCUGCGGGCAUGGCGGCUGUGCUGCGCAGGAAGGCACAGGCCUCUGUGUACCCGCAGAUUGGACAUUUCUUCUGUAACCUGGAAGAGCGGCGCGCCCUCGCAAGCCCCGACGGGGACAAGGACGCGGACCCCCUCCUCGUGUCCCUCCUGCAGGAGGGCUCCGAUAUGAUGGCGGACCUCCGACACCUCAACCUGAAGCCUCAGCAGUGCUAUCGUAGCCCUGACCCUAUUAAUUUAUACCACAAAGUUGGACACGGAACACUCGACAUGUACGUCCUGAAUCCGUCCAAGGACUCCAAGCACGUGCGCGACUUCCUCAAGAAAUGGCACAACAGCGAACAGAAGCUCUUCGAGGGAGCCAGCGUCUCCAGCGCUUUCAACUUCCCCAUCCCCAAUCUCGUCUCCAUCUGCGCUCUCCUCGUGUGGCGACCAGCCAACCCUGAUGACACCAUCACCCGAAUAAUGUUCCCAGGCUCAACCCCACAGCAUAAAAUCUUUGAAGGCCUAGAAAAACUCAAACAUCUUGAGUUCCUACAGCACCCGACAUGUACGGGCCGACAAAUCGCACCGCCGGCCCCACAACCUACAACUACGACCAGAGUCAAAAGUACCAGGACGACGAUAAGCAAAGAAAAGACAGAUAAAACGAAAGACGAAAAAAUUUCAGAACCAGAACCACCCCCAAAGGUUAAGGAUGAGAAAAACAUGAUAGAUAAUAAGUUACUCACCGAACUGACUGACGACGAAGAAAAGAAAAUUGAAUCUGUACUCCAAGAGGCCAUCACUGGCAGGGUAGAGACCAAAUUAGAUGAUAAAAUUGCUCAGUACGAGAGCACUGUGAUAGAUAGUAAAAAGAAAGAAGUAAAGAAAAAGGAGAAAGUAGCGGAAAAGAAGAAACGAAUAGAUAAGACUGAAGAAAAAGAGGUAAAGGAAGUUAAAACGGAAUCGAAACAGGAAGUGAAAAAGACGGAACGUAAGAAAUUAGAGGUACGAAAAAGUGAAACGACUAGUGCGACUACUAGAACUAAAAUAAGUCACCGUACUGCGGUACAGAAAACCGAAAAGAAAACAAGUACUACUUUAUUAGACAAAAAGCCAGGUGAUGAUAAGAAAUCGCCGCCGGCCACUCCGAAAAAGACAGCAGAAGUAAAAUCGACCAUCUCCAGCAUUCAACCAGCUGUGAAAGAUAGAGUGAAAGCUAAGACAAGGAAACUGAGCCCUGGAAGUACUCCAGCUAAAAGCACUAAAGAAGCCGCGAACCGUCGGGUCAUGGAAUCAAAAUACAAACAGCCAUCUCCCAAACGGGAUAUCACUCAGAAGACUGCAGACAAACCUAAAGUAAAACGUGAACCUAUUUCACGAAGACCGCGUCCUCUAGCUUCACCAGUGAAAGGAAUGAAAGCUAUGAAAAGUCCCACGAAAUCUAUUAAGUCAGUGAAAGUUGACUCAAAACUAAAAGGACUUCAGAGAGUUAAUUACGAAGACAUUCUAAAAGACGCCAAAAAAUCUGACGAAGAUACGUCUAAGUCAUUUGAUGAUAUUAAACUACAAGAAUUAGAUGACAGGGAAGAGCAAGAGAUCGUAAGAGAGAUUGAAGCAGUAUUUAAUAGAGACAGUGAGGCUGAAGAAAAAGUAGAAUUCGUAGGACGUUCUGAUAUUGAAAAAUUAAUAAUAAAAGACGUAAAAAUUGAACCAGCAGCUGAUGCUGAAUUUGAGGAGGAGUACUUAAUUAUUGAAAAAGAAGAAGUUGAGCAAUACACUGAAGAAUCUAUUGCAGAUCAUGAGGCCAGUCAAGAACGUGAGGAUGAAUUACAAAAGCACAUUAAAGAUAAGGAAGAGUCAGAAAAGAAGAAGGAUGAUUUCAAAGAGGGGCACGUUGAAGAAAAACCGACAAUAGAAUUGAAAACAGAUAUUAAACAAGAAUCAAAGGAACACUCUGUAAGUGUUGAAGAAAAGCAGGACCAUAGUAGUGAAAAGAAAACUUCAGAUAGCAAAAACGGUGCUGUCAAACCUAAAGAUUCGUUAGAACUUAAUGUAAUGCAGGAAUCACAACCCGAUGAAAAAAUAUCGACUACUAUCGAAUCAGGGGCGACCACAGCACCGACUUUACCAGAGGACGAGAGGAUAACUCUUGAUGAAAUCAAGGAAGAUCAGCAAGUAGAAGAAAAACAUAUCAAAGAAGAAACGAAGGAAGUAGUUCCCCCACAAACGCUUAUAGACAUUAAAGCCAAGAGUCCGAAAAUAGAAGCUAUACCAGCGCCAUUAAGGGAAAUAGUCAAAACACCCGAUGAAGUCGCAGACUUGCCUUUACACGAAGAAGUAGAUUACAGGACAUAUGAGGAAAAGAAAACCCCCGUUGAAGAAGAUAUAUUUAAAAGGAAACCAAAUAUUGGUUUUGUUCAUGAAAUUAAAGUACCUAAAGAUCUACCCCUAAAGGAAAUUGAAGCUACAACGUCCUUCAAAGGAAGCCAACAUGAUGUGGUUUUAAAAACUGUAGACCGCCCGUCGCAUGCUGAGCUGGUGAUGGUUACUCCGGGAUCAGCACCAGAAUCACCAAUGUACCCUGAACAGAGUAAAGUCCCUGCUAUUAAAGAACUAGAACCAGUCAAAGAGUACGAUGAUACUGAUUUCAACUAUGGGCAAUACACUGAACAAUUAAGAGAGACUCAUAUUACUACCGUAGACUCUCCCAUCAAAGACGAAAUAGUCAUUGUUGAAGAUAUUAUUGCAGAUAAAAUACCCUCAAUACCUGAGGACGUCGAAAAAGAAAUUGAAGAGGCACGUAAGUUAGAAGGCAUAGAUAAGCCUCCUGUAAGCCCUAAAGACGUAGAAAAAAUUGUUGCUGAUGUCGCUGAAGUAUUAAAAUCUGAUAAAAGUUUAGAAGAAAUCAUGGCUGAAAAGUCCCCAGUUAUGCUUCAGAAGUCUCCUGAACACUUGUUUAAAACGGAUACGAUAACUAGUGCAAUUGAAGCAACGAAGCAGUUAAUCUCAAGUGAGACAGCUCUAAAAGAAGAAAAACACAAAGAGAUUAAACAAGAGACUGCUGAUUUAGUCAAAGAGAUUUCUCCUGCAAGAUCAAUUGCAUCUGAAGAUUUAAGUGAAGUUUCAGACAAAACUGUCCUUAGUGAGAGCAAGCGAGUUAAACGUGAAAUCAAAGAAGACGCACAUGAUCAAAGAAAACCGAAGGAUGAUUUAACUAAAGUGAUCAAGGAAACAGUACAAGAAUUAGCCGAAAUAGAUGAACAAAAAGACGACAAUCAACAUUUGAUAGAAGAAAAAUCCGAGAAAAGACUAAGCGGUUCUUUGGAAACAGCAAAAACGCUAGAAAAAUUAGAAGAGAGAAUGGCUGAUCUAAAGAAAAAGGAGGAAGCAAUAUCUCAAAAAAUACUAUUUGAUAAAAAACUAACAAGUAUUGAUUACCUUGAAAAAGACACUUUUGAAGAAAGUAUAACAUCCAAAAAGACUGUCAAAGAGCUUGCUACGAAAUCAGAUGAAGCAGUGCAUGCUUUAGAUGAAGUAGACUUUGUCACAAGCCAAGAAACUAAAAAGUUACAUGAUGAAAUAAUAUCAACAGAAAAAGGCACAUCUAGUGAAGUUAAAGAACAAAUGACAAAAACUACUAAAGAGCACGAGGUUCUUAAAAAUGGCGUGUCUUCAACUGAUCAUUAUGAAAUUCAGCAGACGUUUGAUGAAACUAAGAGCCUUAAAUUACAAAAAGAUAUGCAAGAGGUAGAAGAAAAAUGUACUCAAUUGGAUAAUAAAGAGGUUCAUGAAUCUGUUGUUGAAGAAACCGUCACCAUCGAUAAAAACAUCCUCAAAUCUGAUAAUCUUCUCAGCAAGGUUCACUCGAAAGAACCCAGUCCAGAGAAAGAUGAUCAGAGUAUAGUCGAAGACAAGACAAAAGCAGACCAUUUUGCUAAAGUAGGUAGUACUUAUAAAGAUUUGACUGUCACAGAAAAAACAAAGGCUGCACAAACACAUGAAGAUUUUACCAUAACAACGGCUGAUGUGCAUCAAAGUCACAAGGUAGAAAUACAAAAUGGACAUAAAGAAGAAAAAGAAAGCCCGGAUAAAGAACAUAGUCUACUUUCGUUGAAGGAAACUAAACUUUCCCUUGACAAGGAAAAAGAUGAUGCUGAAGAAUCUCACAACGAAAGAAAAUUAAGUAUCAUUGAAACGGCGACUAAAGUAGUUAGUGACAUAUCCAGUCAAAUAUUCGAAAAAACUGACAAGCUAUUAGAAAAGCACCUCCUAAUAGAGGCUGAAACUUCUGACAAACUUGAUGAAAAGCAAGUAAGUAUAGAAAAGGGAUAUCAGCCAGAGGUGUCGAUCGAUGGUGAAAAAGUUCAAAGCAUAUCCAAACGAGAUAGUGUAACAGAAAAAGGCAUAGAUGGUGAAAUACACGUAAAGCAUACAAACAACUUGGCUAAAUCUAUUGAAACUAGUAUAAGUAAAGAAGUUGUCGACGUAACUUCAAAGGGCUUAAGAAUUGAGAAGGGCUCAGGAAUUUUGGAUGGCAUUGAUAAAUUACAUGAAAAACUGAGCCCAGAAAAAGAGGACAAAGAGGAAGACGUGACAUCUGACGAACUUACAGAAACAACGCCACUUUCAGAUAAACCUGAAAAGGACCUCAGUCCGCAAAAACUACAGACUGAAAUCAUCGACAGCCUGGAAACAGAACUAAAUUUAGCAGAUAAACUUUCGUCAUUCGACAAGGCACCAAGUCCAGUACCGUCUGAAAAGGGGCCCAGCCCAGUACCGUCUGAAAAAGCGCCAUCGGAGAAGGCACCAAGCCCAGUACCUUCUGAAAAGGCCCCAUCGGAGAAGGCUCCCAGCCCAGUACCGUCUGACAAGGCUCCAUCAGAUAAGGCACACAGUCCAGUACCGUCUGACAAGGCUCCAUCAGAUAAGGCACCCAGCCCAGUACCAUCUGAAAAGGCUCCAUCAGAUAAGGCACCCAGCCCAGUACCAUCUGAAAAGGCUCCAUCAGAUAAGGCACCCAGCCCAGUAGCAUCUGAAAAGGCUCCAUCAGACAAGGCACCUAGCCCAGUACCAUCUGAAAAGGCCCCAUCGGAGAAGGCACCAAGUCCAGUACCGUCUGAAAAGGCCCCAUCGGAGAAGGGUCCCAGCCCAGUACCGUCUGAAAAAGCCCCAUCGGAGAAGGCACCAAGCCCAGUACCUUCUGAAAAGGCCCCAUCGGAGAAGGCUCCCAGCCCAGUACCGUCUGAAAAAGCCCCAUCGGAGAAGGCACCAAGCCCAGUACCUUCUGAAAAGGCCCCAUCGGAGAAGGCACCAAGUCCAGUACCGUCUGACAAGGCUCCAUCAGAGAAGGCACCUAGCCCAGUACCAUCUGAAAAGGUCCCAUCGGAGAAGGCACCAAGCCCAGUACCAUCUGAAAAGGCCCCAUCAGACAAGGCUCCCAGCCCAGUACUGUCAGACAAGGCCCCAUCGGAGAAGGCACCAAGUCCAGUACCGUCUGAAAAGGCCCCAUCGGAGAAGGCACCAAGCCCAGUACCAUCUGAAAAAGCCCUAUCGGAGAAGGCACCAAGCCCAGUACCUUCUGAAAAGGCCCCAUCGGAGAAGGCUCCCAGCCCAGUACCAUCUGACAAGGCUCCAUCAGAGAAGGCACCUAGCCCAGUACCAUCUGAAAAGGCCCCAUCGGAGAAGGCACCAAGCCCAGUACCGUCUGAAAAGGCCCCAUCGGAGAAGGCACCUAGCCCAGUACCAUCUGAAAAGGCCCCAUCGGAGAAGGCACCAAGCCCAGUACCGUCUGAAAAGGCCCCAUCGGAGAAGGCACCUAGCCCAGUACCAUCUGAAAAGGCCCCAUCAGAGAAGGCUCUCAGCCCAGUACCGUCUGACAAGGCUCCAUCAGAUAAGGCACCCAGCCCAGUACCGUCUGACAAGGCCCCAUCGGAGAAGGCACCUAGCCCAGUACCAUCUGAAAAGGCCCCAUCGGAGAAGGCACCAAGCCCAGUACCGUCUGAAAAGGCCCCAUCGGAGAAGGCGCCCAGCCCAGUACCGUCUGAAAAGGCCCCAUCAGAGAAGGCUCCCAGCCCAGUACCAUCUGACAAGGCUCCAUCAGAUAAGGCACCCAGCCCAGUACCGUCUAACAAGGCUCCAUCAGAUAAGGCACCCAGCCCAGUAGCAUCUGAAAAGGCUCCAUCAGAGAAGGCACCCAGCCCAGUACCAUUUGAAAAGGCUCCAUCAGAGAAGGCACCCAGUCCAGUACCGUCUGACAAGGCUCCAUCAGAGAAAGCACCUAGCCCAGUACCAUCUGAAAAGGCCCCAUCCGAGAAGGCUCCCAGCCCAGUACCGUCUGACAAGGCUCCAUCAGAGAAGGCACCUAGCCCAGUACCAUCUGAAAAGGCCCCAUCGCAGAAGGCACCAAGCCCAGUACCGUCUGAAAAGGCCCCAUCGGAGAAGGCACCUAGCCCAGUACCAUCUGAAAAGGCCCCAUCAGAGAAGGCUCCCAGCCCAGUACCGUCUGACAAGGCUCCAUCAGAUAAGGCACCUAGCCCAGUACCGUCUAACAAGGCUCCAUCAGAUAAGGCACCCAGCCCAGUAGCAUCUGAAAAGGCUCCAUCAGAGAAGGCACCCAGUCCAGUACCGUCUGACAAGGCUCCAUCAGAGAAAGCACCUAGCCCAGUACCAUCUGAAAAGGCCCCAUCCGAGAAGGCUCCCAGCCCAGUACCGUCUGACAAGGCUCCAUCAGAGAAGGCACCUAGCCCAGUACCAUCUGAAAAGGCCCCAUCGGAGAAGGCACCCAGCCUAGUACCGUCUGACAAGGCCCCAUCGGAGAAGGCACCUAGCCCAGUACCAUCUGAAAAGGCCCCAUCGGAGAAGGCACCAAGCUCAGUACCGUCUGACAAGGCUCCAUCAAAUAAGGCACCCAGCCCAGUAGCAUCUGAAAAGGCUCCAUCAGAGAAGGCACCCAGCCCAGUACCAUCUGAAAAGGCUCCAUCAGAGAAGGCACCCAGUCCAGUACCGUUUGACAAGGCUCCAUCAGAGAAAGCACCCAGCCCAGUACCGUCUGACAAGGCUCCAUCAGAUAAGGCACCCAGCCCAGUAGCAUCUGAAAAGGCCCCAUCGGAGAAGGCACCCAGCCCAGUACCGUCUGACAAGGCUCCAUCAAAUAAGGCACCCAGCCCAGUAGCAUCUGAAAAGGCUCCAUCAGAGAAGGCACCCAGCCCAGUACCAUCUGAAAAGGCUCCAUCAGAGAAGGCACCCAGUCCAGUACCGUUUGACAAGGCUCCAUCAGAGAAAGCACCCAGCCCAGUACCGUCUGACAAGGCUCCAUCAGAUAAGGCACCCAGCCCAGUAGCAUCUGAAAAGGCCCCAUCGGAGAAGGCUCCCAGCCCAGUACCGUCUGACAAGGCUCCAUCAGAGAAGGCACCUAGCCCAGUACCAUCUGAAAGGGCCCCAUCGGAGAAGGCACCAAGCCCAGUACCGUCUGAAAAGGCCCCAUCGGAGAAAGCACCUAGCCCAGUACCAUCUGAAAAAGCCCCAUCGGAGAAGGCACCAAGCCCAGUACCGUCUGAAAAGGCCCCAUCGGAGAAGGCGCCCAGCCCAGUACCAUCGGAAAAGGCUCCAUCAGAGAAGGCACCCAGUCCAGUACCGUCUGACAAGGCUUCAUCAGAGAAAGCACCUAGCCCAGUACCAUCUGAAAAGGCCCCAUCGGAGAAGGCGCCCAGCCCAGUACCGUCUGAAAAGGCCCCAUCGGAGAAGGCUCCCAGCUCAGCACCAUCUGAAAAGGCUCCAUCAGAGAAGGCACCCAGCCCAGUACCGUCUGACAAGGCUCCAUCAGAUAAGACACCCAGCCCAGUACCGUCUGACAAGGCUCCAUCAGAUAAGGCACCCAGCCCAGUAGCAUCUGAAAAGGCUCCAUCAGAGAAGGCACCCAGCCCAGUACCGUCUGAAAAGGCCCCAUCGGAGAAGGCACCAAGUCCAGUACCGUCUGAAAAGGCCCCAUCGGAGAAGUCACCAAGUCCAGUACCGUCUGACAAGGCUCCAUCAGAGAAGGCACCUAGCCCAGUACCAUCCGAAAAGGCCCCAUCGGAGAAGGCACCAAGCCCAGUACCGUCUGAAAAGGCCCCAUCGGAGAAGGCACCAAGUCCAGUACCGUCUGAAAAGGCCCCAUCGGAGAAGUCACCAAGUCCAGUACCGUCUGAAAAGGCCCCAUCGGAGAAGGCAUCAAGUCCAGUACCGUCUGAAAAGGCCUCAUCGGAGAAGGCACCAAGCCCAGUACCGUCUGAAAAAACCCCAUCGGAAAAGGCACCAAGCCCAAUACCUUCUGAAAAGGCCCCAUCGGAGAAGGCUCCCAGCUCAGUACCAUCUGAAAAGGCCCCAUCGCAGAAGGCUCCCAGCCCAGUACCGUCUGACAAGGCUCCAUCAGAGAAGGCACCUAGCCCAGUACCAUCUGAAAAGGUCCCAUCGGAGAAGGCACCAAGCCCAGUACCGUCUGAAAUGGCCCCAUCGGAGAAGGCACCUAGCCCAGUACCAUCUGAAAAGGCCCCAUCGGAGAAGGCACCAAGCCCAGUACCUUCUGAAGAGGCCCCAUCGAAGAAGGCUCCCAGCCCAGUACCAUCUGAAAAGGCCCCAUCAGAUAAGGCUCCCAGCCCAGUACCAUCUGAAAAGGCCCCAUCAGACAAGGCUCCCAGCCCAGUACCGUCUGACAAGGCCCCAUCGGAGAAGGCACCAAGUCCAGUACCGUCUGAAAAGGCCCCAUCGGAGAAGGCACCAAGUCCAGUCCCGUCUGACAAGGCUCCAUCAGAGAAGGCGCCUAGCCCAGUACCAUCUGAAAAGGCCCCAUCGGAGAAGGCACCAAGCCCUGUACCGUCUGAAAAGGCCCCAUCGGAGAAGGCACCAAGCCCAGUACCGUCAGAAAAGGCCCCAUCGGAGAAGGCGCCCAGCCCAGUACCAUCUGAAAAGGCCCCAUCGGAGAAGGCACCAAGCCCAGUACCGUCUGAAAAAGCCCCAUCGGAAAAAGCACCAAGCCCAGUACCUUCUGAAGAGGCCCCAUCGGAGAAGGCUCCCAGCCCAGUACCAUCUGAAAAGGCCCCAUCGGAGAAGGCUCCCAGCCCAGUACCAUCUGAAAAGGCCCCAUCAGACAAGGCUCCCAGCCCAGUACCGUCUGACAAGGCCCCAUCGGAGAAGGCACCAAGUCCAGUACCGUCUGAAAAGGCCCCAUCGGAGAAGGCACCAAGUCCAGUCCCGUCUGACAAGGCUCCAUCAGAGAAGGCACCUAGCCCAGUACCAUCUGAAAAGGCUCCAUCAGAGAAGGCACCUAGCCCAGUACCAUCUGAAAAGGCUCCAUCAGAGAAGGCACCUAGCCCAGUACCAUCUGAAAAAGCCCCAUCGGAAGAAGCACCAAGCCCAGUACCUUCUGAAGAGGCCCCAUCGGAGAAGGCUCCCAGCCCAGUACCAUCUGAAAAGGCCCCAUCGGAGAAGGCUCCUAGCCCAGUACCAUCUGAAAAGGCCCCAUCAGACAAGGCUCCCAGCCCAGUACCGUCUGACAAGGCCCCAUCGGAGAAGGCACCAAGUCCAGUCCCGUCUGACAAGGCUCCAUCAGAGAAGGCACCUAGCCCAGUACCAUCUGAAAAGGCCCCAUCGGAGAAGGCACCAAGCCCAGUACCGUCUGAAAAGGCCCCAUCGGAGAAGGCACCAAGCCCAGUACCGUCAGAAAAGGCCCCAUCGGAGAAGGCGCCCAGCCCAGUACCGUCUGAAAAGGUCCCAUCGGAGAAGGCACCUAGCCCAGUACCAUCUGAAAAAGCCCCAUCGGAGAAGGCUCCCAGCCCAGUACCGUCUGACAAGGCCCCAUCGGAGAAGGCACCAAGUCCAGUACCGUCUGAAAAGGCCCCAUCGGAGAAGGCACCAAGUCCAGUCCCGUCUGACAAGGCUCCAUCAGAGAAGGCACCUAGCCCAGUACCAUCUGAAAAGGCCCCAUCGGAGAAGGCACCAAGCCCAGUACCGUCUGAAAAGGCCCCAUCGGAGAAGGCACCAAGCCCAGUACCGUCAGAAAAGGCCCCAUCGGAGAAGGCGCCCAGCCCAGUACCGUCUGAAAAGGUCCCAUCGGAGAAGGCACCUAGCCCAGUACCAUCUGAAAAAGCCCCAUCGGAGAAGGCUCCCAGCCCAGUACCGUCUGACAAGGCCCCAUCGGAGAAGGCACCAAGUCCAGUACCGUCUGAAAAGGCCCCAUCGGAGAAGGCACCAAGUCCAGUCCCGUCUGACAAGGCUCCAUCAGAGAAGGCACCUAGCCCAGUACCAUCUGAAAAGGCCCCAUCGGAGAAGGCACCAAGCCCAGUACCGUCUGAAAAGGCCCCAUCGGAGAAGGCACCAAGCCCAGUACCGUCAGAAAAGGCCCCAUCGGAGAAGGCGCCCAGCCCAGUACCGUCUGAAAAGGUCCCAUCGGAGAAGGCACCAAGCCCAGUACCAUCUGAAAAGGCCCCAUCAGAGAAGGCUCCCAGCCCAGUACCGUCUGACAAGGCUCCAUCAGAUAAGGCACCCAGCCCAGUACCAUCUGAAAAGGCUCCAUCAGAGAAGGCACCCAGUCCAGUACCGUCUGACAAGGCUCCAUCAGAGAAGGCACCUAGCCUAGUACCAUCUGAAAAGGCCCCAUCAGAGACGGCUCCCAGCCCAGUACCGUAUGACAAACCACCUAGCCCAACUUUGUCCGAGAAAGCACCAUCUGAGCGAGCAACCAGCCUUGUGCCUUUAGAAAAGGCACCAUCUGAAAAAGCACCUAGCCCAGUACCGUCUGACAAAGCCCCGUCGGAAAAAGCACCAAGCCCUAUUCCAUCUGAUAAAGCACCUAGUCGUACACCAUCUGAUAAAGUUCCAUCGGAAAAGGCACCUAGCCCAGCGUUAUCAGAGAAGGCACCUUCUGAAAGGAAACCAAGUCUAUCGCCUUCAGAAAAGGCGCCUAGCCCGGUACCAUCGGAGAAAGCCCCAUCUGAAAAGGCACCAAGUCCUGUUCCAUCUGACAAAGCGCCUAGUCCAACAUUAUCUGAAAAAGCGCCUUCUGAAAGAGCAUCUAGUCUAGUCCCUUCUGAAAAGGCACCUAGCCCGGUACCAUCGGAGAAGGCCCCAUCUAAAAAGGCACCAAGUCCUGUUCCAUCUGACAAAGCACCUAGCCCAACUUUGUCCGAGAAAGCACCAUCUGAGCGAGCAUCCAGCCUUGUGCCUUCAGAAAAGGCACCAUCUGAAAAAGCACCUAGCCCAGUACCGUCUGACAAAGCCCCAUCGGAAAAGGCACCAAGCCCUAUUCCAUCAGAUAAAGCACCUAGUCCUACACCAUCUGAUAAAGUCCCAUCGGAAAAGGCGCCCAUCCCAUCGUUAUCGGAGAAGGCGCCGUUUGAAAGAGCACCAAGCUUAGUACCGACUGAAAAGGCAACUAGCCCUGCACCAUCUGAUAAGGCCCCAUCUGAUAAAGCACCUAGUCCUACAUUAUCAGAAAAGGCACCGUCUGAGAGAGCACAUAGCCUUGUUCCUUCAGAAAAGGCACCAUCUGAAAAAGCACCUAGUCCAACACCUUCUGACAAGGCCCUAUCAGAAAAGGCGCCAAGCCCUACACCAUCUGAGAAGUCACCAAGCCCAGUGCCAUCUGACAAAGCGCUUAGCCCCACAUUAUCAGAGAAGGCACUGUCUGAAAGAAAACCAAGCCUAGCACCGUCAGAAACCGCGCCUAGCCCGGUACCAUCUGAUAAGGCACCAUCUGAGAAGGCCCCUAGCCCCACAUUAACAGAGAAGGCUCCGUCUGAAAGAGCACCAAGUCUAGCCCCUUCGGAAAAGGCAACUAGCCCUACACCAUCAGACAGAGCCCCGUCGGUGAAAGCAUCAAGCCCAGUACCAUCAGAAAACGAAACAAGCCUUGCGCCAUCAGAAAAAGCAAUCAGUCCAAUACCAUCAGACAUGGCGCUGAGCCCAACAUUGUCGGAAAAGGCGCCAUCUGAGAGAGAACCCAGCCUUGUUCCUUCAGAGAAAGUCACAAGCCCUACGCCAUCUGGAAAGGCCCCUUCAGAGAAAGCAAUCAGUCCAGUACCAUCUGACAAGGCUCCGAGCCCAACAUUGUCGGAGAAGGUACCACCUGAGAGAGAACCUAGUCUUGUUCCUUCAGAGAAAGCAACAAGCCCCACACCAUCAGAAAAGGCCCCGCCAGAGAAGGCAAUUAGCCCAAUACCGUCAGAGAUAGCUCCAAGCCUAACAUUGUCGGAAAAGGCGCCUUCAGAAAGGGGACCCAGCCUAGAGCCAUCUGAAAAAGCUCCGAGCCCCGCUCCAUCCGAUAAAGCGCCUGCUGGGAUUGGACUAAGCCUCAUACUGUCUGAAAAGGCUCCUUAUGAGAAAGCCCCAUCAGAAAAGGCAUCGAGCCCAGAACCAUUAGAAAAGGCCCCUAGUCCAGUACUAUCUGAGAAGGUCCCAUCGGAGAAAGCAUCAAGCCCAGUUCUAUCUGAGGAAGCACAUAGCCCAGUGCCAUCGGACAAGGCCCCUAGUCUAGUACCAUCAGAAAAAGCCCAAUCUAAGGAGGCAACAAGCCCAGUUCCGUCAGAAAAGGCAUCUAGCCCAACAUUAUCGGAAAAAGCGCCUUCAGAACGGGCAUCCAGCCUCGUGCCUUCCGAAAAAGCACUAUCUGACAAAGCAAUAAUUCCUACGCCAUCAGAUAAGGUUCCUUCUGACAAAGCGCCAAGCCUAGUACCAUCUGAGAAGGCUCUAUCAGAGAAAUCACACAGUCCGGUACCGUCUGACAAAGCUCCUAGCCCUCUAUUAGAAAAGGCGCCGACUUCGAGGGCUGGAAGCCUAAUUCUAUCAGACAUAGCUCCAAGUCCUACGCCAUCAGACAAAGCUCCUUCCGAUAAGGCCCCAUCGGAAAAGACUCAAAGCCCAGUACCAUUGGAGAAAGCACACGCUCCAGUACCAUCUGACAAAGCGCCAAGCCCGACCAUAUUAGAAAAAGGGCCGACUUCGAGGGCAGGAAGCUUAAUUCUAUCAGAUACAGCUCCAAGCCCUACGCCAUCAGACAAAGCUCCGUCUGAAAAGGCGUCUAGUCCGGUACCAUCUGAAAAAGCGUCCAGUCCGGUACCAUCUGAGAAAGCACUAAGUCCAACAUUAUCAGAAAAGGUACCAUCUGAAAGGGCACCUGGUCUCGUCUCUUCCGAGAAAGCACCAAGCCCAGCACCAUCUGACAAGGCCCCGUCUGAGAAAGCGCUUAGCCCAGUUCCUUCUGACAAGGCUCCAUCUGAGACGGCCCUAAGCCCGGUUCCUUCUGACAAGGCCCCAUCAGAGAAGGCCCCAUCAGAGAAGGUUCCAAGCCCGGUUCCUUCUGACAAGGCCCCAUCGGAAAAGGCUCCAAGCCCCGUACCAUCGGAAAAGGCCCCAUCGGAGAAAGCACACAGUCCAGUACCGUCUGAUAAAGCUCCCAGCCCGAUUCUAUCAGAAAAAGCGCCAUCUUCGAGGGCUGGAAGCCUAGUUCUAUCAGACAUAGCUCCAAGUCCUACGCCAUCAGACAAAGCUCCUUCCGAUAAGGCCCCAUCGGAAAAGGCUCAAAGCCCAGUACCAUCGGAGAAAGCACACAGUCCAGUACUAUCUGACAAAGCGCCAAGCCCGACCAUAUUAGAAAAAGGGCCGACUUCGAGGGCAGGAAGCUUAAUUCUAUCAGAUACAGCUCCAAGCCCUACGCCAUCAGACAAAGCUCCAUCUGAAAGGGUAUCUAGCCCGAUACCAUCUGAGAAAGCACCAAGUCCAACAUUAUCAGAAAAAGCACCAUCUGAAAGGGCACCUAGUCUCGUCCCUUCAGAAAAAGCGCCAAGCCCAGCACCAUCUGACAAGGCCCCGCCUGAGAAAGCGCUUAGCCCAGUUCCUUCUGACAAGGCUCCAUCUGAGACGGCCCUAAGCCCGGUUUCUUCGGACAAGGCCCCAUCGGAGAAAGCACACAGUCCAGUACCGUCCGAUAAAGCUUCUAGCCCGAUUCUAUCAGAAAAAGCGCCAACCUCGGGGGCAGGAAGCUUAAUUCUAUCAGACAUAGCUCCAAGUCCUACGCCAUCAGACAAAGCUCCUUCCGACAAGGCCCCAUCCGAAAAGGCUCAAAGCCCAGUACCAUCGGAGAAAGCACACAGUCCAGUACCGUCUGACAAAGUGCCAAGCCCGACACUAUUAGAAAAAGGGCCGACUUCAAGGGCAGGAAGCUUAAUUCUAUCAGAUACAGCUCCAAGCCCUACGCCAUCAGACAAAGCUCCGUCUGAAAAGGCGUCUAGUCCGGUACCAUCUGAAAAAGCGCCCAGUCCGGUAUCAUCUGAGAAAGCGUCCAGUCCGGUACCAUCUGAGAAAGCACCAAGUCCAACAUUAUCAGAAAAGGUGCCAUCUGAAAGGGCACCUAGUCUCGUCCCUUCCGAGAAAGCACCAAGCCCAGCGCCAUCUGACAAGGCCACGUCUGAGAAAGCGCUUAGCCCUGUGCCUUCUGACAAGGCUCCAUCUGAGACGGCACUUAGCCCGGUUCCAUCUGCGAAGGCUCCAUCAGAGAAAGCGCCAAGCCCUAUUCCUUCUGACAAGGCCCCAUCGGAAAAGGCUCAAAGCCCCGUACCAUCGGAAAAGGCCCCAUCGGAGAAAUCCCACAGUCCAGUACCGUCUGACAAUGCGCCAAGCCAGACUAUAUUAGAAAAAGGGCCGACUUCGAGAGCAGGAAGCUUAAUUCUAUCAGAUACAGCUCCAAGCUCUACGCUAUCAGACAAAGCUCCAUCUGAAAAAGCGUCCUGUCCGGUACCAUCUGAAAAAGUACCAAGUCCAACUUUAUCAGAAAAGGUGCCAUCUGAAAGGGCACCUAGUCUCGUCCCUUCAGAGAAAGCACCAAGCCCAGCACCAUCUGACAAGGCCCCAUCAGAGAAGGCCCCAAGCUUGGUUCCUUCUGACAAGGCUCCAUCAAAGGAGGGCCCUAGCCCGGUCCCUUCUGAAAAGGCUCCAUCAGAGAUGGCCCCAAGCCCGGUACCUUCUGAGAAGGCGCCUAGUCCAACUUUAUCAGAAAAGGCCCUAUCUGAAAGGACACCUAGCAUAGUUUCAUCAGAAAAGGCACCUAGCCCUACAUUAUCAGAAAAGAGACCCAGCUUAGUGCUUUCUGAUAAAUCAUCUAAGCCAACACCAUUUGAAAAAGCUACUUUUGGAGACGAGGUGGAUAUUUAUGAUGAACCUGGCUCUCCUGAUCUAGUAGAUGAAGAUUUAAUUGAACCAGGCAAAGAAAUGUUUAUGCUUACUAGCAUGUUGACUAAAUUUGACGAUAACGUUCACAAAACCGAUGCUAUUAUUUCUUCAAUUACAAAAGAAAAGACCAUUGAAGACGUUUUGAAGGAUAAACAAGUGGAUCCUACUACACCACCUGUUUCGCCAGAAACAAAGAAAACUGAUGGUGCUACUAGCUCCUCCGAAAAAUCGGAACCAGCGAUUAGUCCUGAAAAACCUACAUUUGAUGAUAAAUCAUUAACAGCUGAAAAAGAUAAAAUAUCUAUUUUGACUGAUAAAAUGUUAACAGAUAAAGAUCUAAGUCCUUCUACGCUCGUGUCAGUUGAUGUACAACCUCCUAGCCCUGAGGUUCUCAGUGAUAGAUCUGAACAGGAAGUGAUCACAAAGCAAAUAAAGACAUCGCAGCACGUGACAUACUCUGAAAAAAUCCAUGUUGAGGAAGAAUCCGUCGUUUCUAAGAAUAUUAAUGUACUCGAAUCCACUCAAGACACGCAUAGAGAUGACCAUGCAGUUUCAAUAGAAAAAGAUGGGAUAGUUAACGCAUUGGUAUCCGGUAUAAAAGGUAUAAGUCAUACAAUAAAAGAAUCGUUGGUCGAUGGAAUUCAUGAAAUCAUCAAAGAUGAUACUCAAACCGAUGACGAUAAAAUUACUGCAACGUCAGCGAAAACACCAAGCCAUUUACCUUCUGACAAAGCGUCGGAAAAAGCGCCAAGCCCAACUUUGUCGGAUAAGACACCUUCAGAAAGAGCAUCAGAAAUGGCUCGUAGCCCGACACCGUCUGACAAGGCAAUAAGCCCCGUGCCUUCAGAAAAAGCACCAUCUGAGAAGGCAAUAAGCCCAGUACCAGCUGACAAGGCUCCCUCUGAAAAGGCUCCCAGCCCAACACCAUCUGACAGAGCUCCCUCCGAGAAGGUGCAUAGCCCAACACCAUCUGACAAAGCUCCAUCCGAGAAGGCACAUAGCCCAGUACCAUCUGACAAGGCUCCCUAUGAGAAAACACCUAGUCCUGUGCCAUCUGACAAGGUUCCUUCGGAAAAGGCACCAAGCCCUACAUUAUCUGACAAGGCUCCGUCGGAAAAGGCACCAAGCCCGACACCAUCUGACAAGGUUCCCUCUGGGAAGGCACAUAGCCCAGCACCAUCUGACAAGGUAUCCUCUGAGAAGGCACUUAGCACAACACCAUCUGACAAGGUACCCUCUGAAAAGGCACUUAGUCCAGUACCAUCUGACAAAGCUCCCUCUGAGAAGACACAUAGCCCAACACCAUAUGAUAAGGCUCCAUCUGAGAAGGCACACAGCCCGACACCAUCUGACAAAGCUCCCUCUGAGAAGGUACAUAGUCCAUCACCGUCUGACAAGGGUCCAUCUGAAAAGGCACACAGCCCGACACCAUCUGACAAAGCUCCCUCUGAGAAGGCACAUAGCCCAGUACCAUCUGACAAAGCCCCCUCUGAGAAAGUACAUAGCCCAACACCAUCUGACAAGGCUCCCUCUGAGAUGGCACAUAGCCCAACACCGUCUCACAAGGCCCCCUCUGAGAAGGUACAUAGCCCAACACCAUCUGACAAGGCCCCCUCUGAGAAGGCACAUAGCCCAACACCAUCUGACAAGGCUCCAUCUGAGAAUGCACACAGCCCGACACCAUCUGACAAGGCUCCAUCUGAGAAGGCACAUAGCCCAACACCAUCUGACAAGGCUCCAUCUGAGAAGGCACAUAGCCCAGUACCAUCUGAUAAAGCCCCCUCUGAGAAGGUUCAUAGCCCAACACCAUCUGACAAGGCUCCCUCUGAGAAGGCACAUAGCCCAACACCGUCUCAUAAGGCCCCCUCUGAGAAGGUACAUAGCCCAACACCAUCUGACAAGGCUCCCUCUGAGAAGGUACAUAGCCGAACACCAUCCGACAAGGUACCCUCUGAAAAAGCACAUAGCCCAACACCAUCUGACAAGGUACCCUCUGAAAAGGCACUUAGCCCGGUAGCAUCUGACAAAGCUCCCUCUGAGAAGGCAUAUAGCCCAGUACCAUCUGACAAAGCCCCCUUGGAGAAGGUACAUAGCCCAACACCAUCCGACAAGGUACCCUCUGAGAAGGCAUACAGCCCAACACCAUCGGACAAAGUUCUUUCAGAAAAAGUAUUGAGUCCCACACCAUCUGACAAGCCUAUUAGCCCAGCGCCCACCGACAUAUUUGAUGGCAAAGCACCAAGUCCCAUUCCUAUUGAAAAGCCAACUAGCUUACCUCUAGUUGAUGUUAUUUGUACUGAAACAACAGAACAUGGCAAACUACUAACUCAAACUUCGGACGAGACGCCAUUUGAGAAACCAGUCAGUCCAAUGGCGUCUGAAAAGGCAAAGAUAUGUAGUCCAAUGCCAUUUGAUAAAGUGCCAUCUGAAGACGCACCUAGUCCAUGCGAGCAUAGCCCAGAGCCACCUGAGAUCUCGAAUAAGGCCCCUUCAGAGAAAUCAGCAAGUCCAGUUCCAUCUGACAAGGCUCCAUCAGAGAAGGUACCAAGCCCAAAGCCAUCUGAAAAGUCUCUGUCUGAGAAGGCACCACGCCCAGAACAAUCUGACAAGGCUCCUUCAGUGAUAGCACCAAGCCCAGUACCAUCUGACAAAGAUCCUUCAGAGAAAGCACCAAGCCCAGCGCCAUCUGUCAAGGCUCCAUCCGAGAAGGCAUCAAGCCCAGUACCAUCUGACGAGGCUCUCACAGAGAAGGCUCCAGUCCAAGCACCAUCUGACAAAGCUUCCUCUGAUACGGCUCCUAGUCCUAUACCUUCAGACAAGGCUGGCAAGGCCUCAUGUGACAAGGCAUCCAGCCCAGUACCAUCGGAGAAAGCAUCUAGCCCGGUACCGUCAGACAUGGCUCCAUCUGAAAAAGCACCAAGCCCAACACCAUCAGACAAGGCUCCUUUAGAGAAGGCGCCCAGUCCAGUACCAUCGGCACCAUCUUCAAGAGCAGACUUAGUGCCACCGGAAAAGGCUCCAUCUGAAAAGGCACCUAGUCCUGCACCGUCAGAUAAAGAAUUUGAAAAGGCAAUAAGCCCUACACCAUCUGAAAAGGCACCUUCCGAAAAGGCGCUUAGCCCUGUACCAUCUGACAAAGAUUCUUCUGACAAAGCAUCUAGCCUUGUACCGUCUGACAAGGUUUUAUCUGAUAAGGUUUCUAGCCCAGUGCCAUCAGUGCCAUCUUCAAGAGCAGCUAGCUUAGUGCCAUCGGAACAAGCUACAUCUGUGAAAGCGGCAAGCCCAGUACCAUCUGACAAGGCACCAAGUCCUGCUCCAUCUGAUAAAACUCAAUCGGAAUCUCUAUCUAAAAAAGCUGUUAGCCCAGUACAUUCGGACAAAGCGCCUAGCCCUGCACCGUCUGAGAAGGCUUCAGAGAAAGCAGCAAGCCCUGUUCCUUCUGACAAGGCUUACUCUGAAAAGGCAUCUAGCCCGGUACCAUCGGAGAAGGCCCCUUCAGAAAGAGCAUUAAGCCCUUCACCGUCUGACAAAGCUACGUCGCAGAAGGCUUCAAGCCCGGUACCAUCUGACAAGGCAUCUUCAGAAAAAGCAGUAAGCCCUACACCAUCAGACAAGGCUCCAUUGGAUAUGGCUCCGAGCCCAAUACAAUCGGCACCGUCUUCAAGAGCGGCUAGCUUAGUGCCAUCGGAGAGAGCCCCAAGCCCGGUGCCUUCUGAUAAGGCUCCAUCAGAGAAAGCUCCCAGCCCAGUACCAUCUGAAAAGGCUCCUUCAGAGAAGGCUUCAAGCCCGGUACCAUCUGAUAAGGCACCGUCAGAAAAAGCUUCCGGCCCGGUACCGUCAGAGAAGGCUUCCAGCCCGGUGCCUUCUGAAAAGGCUCCAUCAGAGAAAGCUCCCAGCCCAGUACCAUCUGAGAAGGCUUUAAGCCCGGUACCAUCUGAUAAGGCACCGUCAGAAAAAGCUUCCAGCCCAGUACCGUCAGAGAAGGCUUACAGCCCGGUGCCUUCUGACAAGGCUCCAUCAGAAAAAGCUCCCAGCCCAGUACCAUCUGAUAAGGCACCGUCAGAAAAAGUAUUAAGCCCCUUGCCUUCUGACAAAGCUCCUUCAGAUGCACACAGGCCAGUACCGUCGGAAAAAGCACUAUCUGAAAAGGCUUUAAGUCCCACACCGUCUGAAAAGGUACCUUCGGAAAAUGGACAAAGUCCAGUACCAUCAGAGAGGGCUCUUUCAGAAAAAACAGCAAGCCCUGUACCUUCUGACAAAGCAACUAGCCCAACUCCAUCAGAAAAAGCGCCAUCUUCAAGAGCUGAUAGUUUGAUCCCAUUAGAAAAGGCUCUGAGCCCCAUGCCAUCUGACAAGGCACUGUCAGAAAAGGCAUUAAGCCCUACACCGUCUGACAAGGCCCCAUCUGAUCAGGCACCUAGUCCGACAUCUUCAACUAAAUCAGACAAACUCGUCGAAGAAACUAUUUGCCCGACAAGCGUGCAUAAUUUGGAGGGUAUAGUAUCUAGUGCCGUGAUAAAAGAACUAGUUGAUCCAGCUCUUGAUAAGUUGAUUGCUGAUAUUGGUAAACCAAAAGACAAAACCACCGAUAAGGUCCCUGAAAAAGUGGCUAGUCCACUACCGUCACACAAGGCGCCAAGUCCAACUCCAUCAGAUCUGGCAUCUAAAAAGGCACCCAGCCCUACCCUAUCGGAGAAAGCACCAUCGAAACGAGUACCCAGCCUAGUCCCUUCAGAAAAGGCACUUACUCCAACACCCUCUGAUAAGGCAGCUAGCCCAGUACUAUCUGAUAAAGCCUCAUCUGAGAAAGAAAUUAGUCCGACGCCGACUGAUAAGACCAUAUCAGAAAAGGCACCACUAGAUCUGCCAUCUAGUCCAUUACCGUCGCAUAGCGAAAAGGAUAUACCAGAUAAAAAGAUUUCUACUCCUGACAAAACUAGAAAAUUUGACAUUGAAACAUCGGUUGACAGUACUCCAAGUACUGAUAAGUCGGAAGAAACAAUUAUUAGCUCUUCUGAAAAAGUAGACGAAGAAAAGCCAUUAACCGCGUCAGAAACAAAGCCACUUAUGACUGAAGUAGGUAAAGAAGCCAAAGUUUCUGGAAAGGAAACAAAGGAAAUGACAGUUGACGAAAAAGAUAUAGAUGAAAAGGAUAGGGCCGUUAAAAGCGUUAAAUUAGAAUCUACGUCUGAAUCAAAAAUGACAUCUGAAACAGAUAAAGAACAUACAUUUGAAAGCAUUAGCCAUGUAACAGAAUCUGAUGAAAGUUACUCUAGUAUGGAGUCUAGGAAAGAUUUACACGAAGAACGAUCAAUUAGUGGGAGUAAGCAAACAUUGAAAACUGACAUGUUUUCAAAACACGAGUCCUCAUUACAGGAAACCAGCCAUAAAUCAACUAGCGAGGAAACGAAAUCUCAUUCUAUCAAAAAGAGAUCAGUAGAGCAUGAAAAGCUAAGAGACGCAUCAGAUAUAUUAUUAUCAAUAUCUACAAUUGAUAGUGGCGUAGAUAGAGAUAGUAUGACAUUGCAUGAUUCAUCAGAAGACGUUUCCAAAGAAGUUAGCUUAGAAGAAAAAUACAGUUUCGAAACUACCGAAAAAGACAAACGAUCUAAAAUGUUUUCUGAUUCAGAAACAUUACAAUCUAUCAGUAGCAGUAGAUUGAGCAGAUUCAGCGACGAAUCGUAUACAUCUACAUUAAAAGAAAUGGAAGUGUCUAAAACAGUUCCUGACUCUACAAGAACUGAGUUGGGAUCUCCAAAAGACGAAAUACCUCUUUCGGAAGCAUCAGAUUCUGGAGUACAUAGCAUUCCCUUGGAUAUUGAUCAGUUGAUGUCGAAAGGUGAUGGUCUAACGCACAUCAAAGAUGAUGCUGUGCAGUUCAUGGAAUCAAUUCAUAAAGCAUUUAGUGAUGAAACAGUACAACAAGGAAUUAAGACCGAGGGAAUGGAAUCCUUACUAGUUUAUUCUGAGGGCGAUAGAGUAUCUACACCACCUACAGUACCUGUUAGCCCGUUACCAAAAACUCCUAGCAGUUUCCAAGAUAUCAAGGUAAGUGAAGGUGUUCAAAGCGAAGUUACUUACGAUAAAUCUGAUGGCUCCGAAGAAACUAUAACUAAAGUAGUUCAUGUAGGUGAAGACGUAUUGACUCAAAGGAUUUCAACGUCCACUGAGAAAGUACCCAAAUUGAUUAAGGAUUCAGUAGCUGAGAAUGAAUCAGAUCUCAUGUCUCUUAUGCAAAACAUGGGUAAAAUAAAGACGGAAACUGAUACUGUUACCAAAAUCAUCAAAGAAGGUGAGAAUGUUGUAACUCAAACAAUAACUACUGUGACGACUAAAGAAGUGAUUUCAAGGGAAGAUGGUACACCACAAAAUAUUAAAACAACCAUAGAAACAACAACACUGAGCAAGGGAUCAGAUGGUUCAACUGUCACUACGACAGAUACUCAAACUUUACUGUCGGAAUGUUCUUCCAGUCUUAAAUCUACCUCACAAAUGGAUUUAUAUGCCAAAGAUAGUAGAAUAGAUAAACUCUACCUCGAAAGUGAUAAGUCUGAAACUGAAACAAGUAGCCAAACUAAAGAAACUAGGAAAGAUGAGUCUUCCGCAACCUCUGAUUUGCCUGCUCAAGUCCAGUACAUUUCGGAAUCAGAUGAAUCCGACGAUGACGUUGAAACAACUACUAUAGAUACCGACGUAAGCAAACGCAUAGUUAAGGAAAAUAAUGUUGAUAUUAUGGAAACCGUUACCACUGUUACCAAAAAAGAAACAUUAAAAGUUAAUGAAACCAAGAAAAUACGUACAACAGUUGAAACUACUGUUACAAAAGAACGCCCCGAUGGUACUAAAGAUAUACAAAGGAAUGUAGAAGUUACGACUGAGGAGCCAAUCGCAGAUGCAAGCAAUAUAGAACAAGCACUUAGUAAUUUAUCUAUUCUUGGAGAACCUGAAGAAACAGAAUCAGUUGAUUCUGAAGAAGUUAAACAAGAUACAUUUAUUAUCAAGCGAGUUAUAGUCACCAAGGUUAUGAAAACGACGUAUGCAGAUAGUAAUGGAACUCCAAGGAAAUUAAAAACUGUUACAACCGUAACUACUACAGACAAUUACCCCGACGGUUCUUCUCGUACUAAAGUAGAUGGCAGUACAUCUAUUACAGACAUAGAAGUUGAAGAAGUAGUCGAAUCACCUGAACUUGCAGAUUACACGGUAAUUGAUAAGUCAGUUACUGUAGACAAACAGGAGAAAAGUGUCGUCAGGAAUGAGAAAAGUGUAUUGCAAGUUGUAACAACAACGACUACUAAAGAAAUUUUAUCAUCUGAGGACAAAGGUAGGAAAAAAGUCAAAACUACAGUUGAAACUGUGACUGAGACUCAUUUACCUGAUGGUGUUACAGAAAUUACCAAAGAUGUAAGGGUAUCUGUAUGUGAUUAUGAGCUAGAAUCAACUGAUGAGGAGACUGAAAACUACGAACAAAUUGGGAAGCCGUUAAAAGAUGUAACUACAGCAGUUGAAAAUGUUACAGAUAAUGGAAUAACUAUUAAACGUAAAACUACCGUCACAACUAUUAAAGAAGAAUUCCAUAAUAAGGAGAAGAACGUCAAAAGAGUUAAGACUACUGUAAUUACUAGGAUUGAAGAUGAACAUCCUGAUGGCUCUGUUAUUACAAAGACAAGUGAAAAAGUGUCUAUCGUUGAGGAAAACCUGGAAAUUACUCAGGUUAUAAAAGUUCAAGGAUUAAGCGAGAGUGGGCCCAUAGACACUACUGAUGAAAUGGAUGAUGAUGGCCAAGUAGAAGCUAUACUAUUGGAGUUGUCUCCAGAAGGUGAGCCUGAGGAAACGGAGUCUACAGAAACUGAAGAAAUAAAAGAUAAAAACUUAGUUAUAAAGAGAACAGUCGUUACCAGAAUUGUGAAAACAAAAUACUCCAAUAGUCAUGGAGAAAUAAAGAAAAUCAAAACUGUAACGACUGUCACAACAACUGACCGAUAUCCUGAUGGAUCUGCAAAAACCACAGUAGACGUAAACACGGCUAUAAAAGAUAUCGAAACAGAUGUUCAUCAAAUAGACCUAACAGACUUCCCUCAAGUAGAAGAUAAAUCAGUAGAUGUCGAUACUAAAGAUAAAGUAGUGAUGCGAGAUGGAAAACAAGUGAAACAAAUCAUCACCACUACCACUACUAAAGAAAUAUUGACAUCAUCUGAUGGAUCUAAGAAGAAGAUUAGAACAACCGUUGAAGUACUCACCGAAACUAAGCUUCCAAAUGGAACUACAGAAGUUUCUAAAGAAAUCAAGCUUUCUGUUGCUGACUAUGGUACUGAAACCUUUGAGGAAAAUCUAGGAGGUUUUACUCCUGUUGGAAAGCCAGACGAGCACACAAGUUCAGAAACUGAAGAAAUUACCGAAAAUGGCGUUUUUAUUGUUAGAAAAACCACCAUUACCACUAUUCGGCAAGAAUUGGAGAAUGCUGAGACACAUUCAAGGAAAGUAAAGACUAUUAUUAGAACAGUUGUAGAAGAUGAACACCCCGAUGGAACAGUAGUAACUAAAAAGAGUGAAAAAAUAUCGAUUGCCGACGUUUUUCUUAAAACGCCACAGGUAGCUCAAGAUGAUGCAGAAAUAACGGACACGUAUAUAGAUGAUUCGGAGAUUGUAGAAGAUACGACUGAAGAAUCAGAUGUUAAGAAUGAAGAAAUCAAGCAAGGAACAGUUACAAUUAAACGCACAAUUACAACUAAAACUAAGAAAGAAACACUGGCCAGUGCAGAAAAAAGCAUAAAACGAAUAAGAACGACCGUAGAAACGGUUACUGUCGACGAAUAUCCAGAUGGUUCCACAGAAACUACUAAGGACGUCAAGAUCACUAUUUCAGAAUUCCAAAAAACAUCAGAUAGUGAUUUGCAGGCAGCUUUACAAGGACUCGAUUCCACUGGCAAAAUUAAAACUUCGGUAGACAAAAAGACAAAUAUCGUGACUGAACAUGGACGUAAAGUUACUCAAACAGUCACCACAUAUGUGACGAAAGAAGAAUUAAAAAACAAUGAAACCAAUGAAAUAGCAGUUAAAACUGUUACAGAGACCUUGACAGAAAAUGCUCAGGAAGAUGGCUCAAUCGAAACGACAAAGGACGUAAGAACUCAAAUAACUUAUCUGCCUAUUGGAACUGGGCUUGACGACUGGACACCAGAAGAACUAGAAGAAAUUGAAAAGCAACCUGUAUCACAGGUAAACCCAACUCUUGAAAAAUUACCUUUAGCGCAAAAGGAAGAACAAAAGCCUGAAACCAAGCCGAAGAAACAGAGAUCACCCGUAGGCGAAAUAAUUACUGAUACAGACACGUAUACAAAAGUUAUUAAGGAGGGCGAUAAUGAAAUAACUCAAACAAUAACUGUAGUAACUACCAAAGAGGUUAUUAGCCCUGAAAAAAUGAAGGUCACAGUUGAAACGAUGACGGUAAGCAAAGGCAGCGACGGUGUGACAAAAACGACUAAAUCAACUAAAACCACAAUUUCAGAAAUGAAAGAAGAAUAUGAAGAAACAAUUGAUCGAGGAGAAAGUGAAAAGUCGUUCUCAAAACUGUCAUCGAAGACAGGUGAUAUGCGCAGUUCGUCUGCAGCUAGUGACGACUUAGAUCAUGCGGGGAUUUCAUCACCGCCGUCAGAUAUUAGUUCUAGAGGGUCAAGAGCAGCUGCUCAAGUUUGGGGAACAACAGAAAGUAGUGGCAUGUACUACAGUGACGAUGAUGGACCUGGCAGCCCAAGUAGUACAAAGUCGCAAGUAGCACACUCACCCAGGUCAAAUCUCAGUUUUGAAUUAGACACAAAACAUCAAGAAUUAAACGAAGAAAUGGUACUCGAAAAGCAUUAUAGUACAGCGACUGACCCUAUGUCAACAUCGAUCUAUGGACAGUUACCUGAAGAUGAUUCCUGCACAUCUUCUAGUCACUCGGAGAUAAAAACUGAAUUCCAUACGAUUGAGAAACCUUUAUCCAAAUUAACUGAAGAUUUCUUGACUCAUGAAAAACUAAAAUCAGAAGUAACACAGCGAAUAGUAAAAUCCGAUGCCACUUUCCUGAGGGAGGCAGACGAACAUUUCGAAAAGGCGAUAGAAGAGCACAAAAAAGUUAGUGGAUCAGAAGUAAUUUCAAAUAUUACCGCUAAAUAUGAACUAGGUGAACAAAGUCACUCGAGUAUUACACAAACUAAAUCAUCAAAGGAAGAAACUUUAACGUUGAAAGAUCUUAAAUCUGAAGUAAAGAAAACUGAAACAACUGCCUCUAGUUCCAAACAAGAAUCUAGAACAGAAAAGCACGAAUUCAGCAGCGAAAGUAAAUCUAAAGACCCGAUAGAGUCAUGGGGCAAGCCUUUAGGUUUACCAAGUCCUAUUAUGCCCCCUGUGGAUGGAAAGAGCACUCCUAAGAAACAAGCUAGCUCCGUUGCGAACAAGAAUAAGCUUAACCAAGAGAAGAGUAAAGAGGCCAAGAGCCGAAUAACGGAGUCUCCUAGUAAGAAGAAGGCGGUAGCUCCAGUUUACAUGGAGUUGACGUAUGUGCCUCAUCAUGGGAACUCAUACUAUUCCGCCAUGGAGUUCUUCAAACGGGUGCGCGCGAGGUACUACGUGUUCUCGGGCACUGAGCCCUCAAAGGAGAUUUAUAAUGCCUUGUUAGACGCGAAGAAGACUUGGGAAGAUAAAGAUUUAGAAGUGACGAUAAUCCCGACCUACGACACCGACGUCCUCGGCUACUGGGUAACAGAGAACGAGGAGGCCCUUGAGAAGUACAAGAUCGACCUCUCGCCCUCCGCAUCCCGCUGCACCAUCAACCUCCAGGACCACGAGACAUCCUGCGCCGCCUACAGACUCGAAUUCUAGGUGUCGGGUCUAUUUGUGGCGUUCUCAUCCAAGAAGUGAGCCCAAACAACAGCCGGCGCCAGAAAAAUGGAGGCAGUGUACAGCGCCGCGCUCAGAGCCCACUACUUCGAAUGAGAUGCUUGCAAAUAGUAACCCCAAUGACUUUGUGAUAUUUGAAUGCAAUCAAGAGACUGCGGAAGAGUUUGAUAAAAUCAUAUAGUUAUAGUGCUGUGGCGUGCCGAACAUCGGGCCGAGUCCUUAACCGCAUCCAAUCUUUGAAAGUCAAUACCAAUUACCAAAUUCUCGACCUAAGAACAGAAACGUCCAUUUUUUUCUAAACUGUUUUCUAGUAGCUUCAUCGAUAACAGUACAUGCCAUUUAAAAUAUAUUUCUGACGAUAUUUUUGAAUUUGGUCUAUACAAUCGGUAGUGCUUUUAUACACGAUAUUUAGCGUAACCAGUCCAUAUUGUUUAGCCGAAAUCCGCUUGUGCGAAUAUCAAAAUUUUUGACAAAUUAUUUUGCUAUCGCAUUUGUGAAAUUUUAAUAGUUGUACAAACUUAGCUUGCACGCCAAUUUAUGUUAAGGCUUGACAUGGACGUCAGGAUGCGUCGACGAUCGACAAGUACCUUAAUUAGGAUGACAUUUUUAAAUAAAGCGUAUUAACUGUCUUAUAAAGACGAUUAAAGAUUUGAGGCUAGAUUUAGUACUAGCCACGUGUAAUAAUUGUUAGUCGUGUAUCACACUAUUGUUACGUCGGGGUGACGAGGAGGCGCGGCCGACCUGAUGUAUCUUUAAGAUUUUCAGCCACUGUUUUUCACUCGAGCUUUGCGAUGAACUGACUGGACAAGCCGCUGGGCACAAAGCAUUUUAUAUUGGAACAAGCGUUGAUUGUUUGGAAAAAUCCUGCGUUUCUAAACUUUCCUCGCUUGUUGUCGGUAUAGCGGCUGUCACCCUGCCUUCCUUUCGCUUUAGUUCAGAUUUUUUACCGAUCAACGUCUUCCGCGUAACGAAUGAUACUUGUUCGCUUUAAGGAAUUAGAUUCAGCGUUUGAAAGGACCACAUUCGCGGAAGGCGUUCGAUAGUACUCCUUACUCAGCCGCUCCCGUCACCCCUGACACCAGUGAGCCUAAAUCGUUAGGUAGAGAGCUUAACCCAUUAUAAAAUAAAUGUUUUAGUAGGACUAUUACAAAUUGAACACUCUAUUUACCUUUGUUUGUGAUUUGCUUGUUGUGCCGAAGUUUAACUGUGACAUAGUUAUAACGAUGUUAUACUUUCGAAGUCAACCGUGAUAGUUGAAUCUCUUGCGUUAAAAUUUUAUUGGCGAUUUUUUGGCCUAUCGUUUACAAAUUUCUAGUCGCGAUCCAAAUAUCUAAGAAGGUAGUUGUUAUUUUGUUCCUAAGGCCCUCCAUUUUUGCCGAGCACAUUUGAAACAACAUUACGAUUUUGUCAUGAAAUUAUUUAAAAUGUUCUCGGCAAGACUGGAUCUAGCCGUUGAGUUCUAGAGUUUCUAAAACCGUUUCCAAAACGAAAUCCUCAUGUAAUUAUAGUAACUACCUUUAAAAUAACUCCAUUAGAUUAUUUUUCAAUUACCGCAUGUCAAAUGUGUGCGAAUGUGAUAUGAACUAAUGAACUCAUCAUUAUUUUACCAUCUAGAUUUAAGCUGCCAGCUUCCCGAGGUCCGAUGUACCUUCUUACCUUAAUAAUAGUAAAAACGAAAUCUGUUUGUUAUAACACUAUAAAUGUUUACCCAACGCCUACCCACUGCCUUGCAACGGCCCGAUAUGAUCGAGUGUGUAUUCAUGAAGGGGACUUAUUUUUGUUUUAAGACUUGAUGAAUAAAGAUUUUCAGUCAAUUAAUUUUAAGUCAUCCAUAGUAUUAAGCCGAUCGAAACACCGUUGUCGCUUACUUUGCCAACCUCUAAUAGUGGAUAAAGAAAGAAAGCACCAGCACAAUCUAACAAAAAACUAAAAGAAUACAUUUAAAAAUGCUAUUAAAAAGUUUACAUCUUCAAAUACAUAGGCGGUAUAUCAAGGCAAUGACUAAAUCAUUGUUAAAGAUGUGUCAACUUAUGUUAUUGAAGAUGGAAACAGGUAAUAUAAAGAAUGGUAAUCUAUAUUUAUUUUUUGUGUUGAAAAGUUUUCUUCAAGGUUUAUUACAUUGGUAUAUGUGUUUGUGUGUCGGUUGAUGUGAGCACAAUAUUGUUUUCUGUGAGUUUAUGCUAAGUAGGGGACUAAACAGGGACAUGGAUGGUCAUACCUUAGUUCUUCGUAUUAAAGAUCGUAAGGCGAAUCUGCUUCAUAGUUAUUGUAUUGUUUCUAGGCUUCUCGGCCUUGAUUGGUAUUUUUUUAACAUUUCUGCAAAAUAUGACCAUUAUCUUUCGACCUCUGACUUGGAGAUGACUGUUUAAAAUCGAAUGUCAAAAUUAACUGGUCGUGUUGCUGAAAAACCAGCAUACUUUGAGUAUGCCGAUAAUAUUAAAGAAAUUUAAAAGAAUACCAAUCAGCUUAAGUGAAAGCCUGGCCCAAAAUAUUGUAUUUUAUAGCUAGAACUUUAACUAAUUAAUGCAUACUAUUAGAAAUAAUAAAAUGUUAUUUAAAAUUAAGAUUGUAUCGGCUUAGUGAACAUCAAUAGCUCUGGUAAAUAAAUCAUUAUUGAAAUUAUUAAA